UCUCUUAAACUUAUCCACCUAUCAUUCUCUAUUUGGUUCUCAACUCCUUUUGAGUUUUUUCUAGUCUCUUUUGUUUUGGCAAAGUUUUCUGCAAGUGCUGUCGCUUGCAGUGAUGGGUUUAGCAGUGGAGAGCAACAAUGGUCAUGGAGUGGAGGAGAGCAAGUAUCAGAGAGGAGUGAGGCAUCUUUGUGAGGGAGGGAUAGAAAGAGUUCCAAGGAAGUACGUGUUUCCGGUUUUGGAGAGGCCGGACUUGGAUACGGAGAGGAGCAACGUCUGUUAUGGCAGCAGCCAAACCCUCAAGCUUCCGGUCAUCGACUUUGCUCGUCUUCAAGGCUCCAACAGAUCCCAAGUUCUCAAGUGCCUCGCAAAUGCUUGUGAAGAAUAUGGCUUUUUUCAGCUAGUGAACCAUGGGAUACCAAGUGAAGUAAUCGAGGAAAUGGGUAGUGUGGGAAGGAGAUUCUUUGAGCUGCCAUAUGAGGAGAGGUGCAAGUACAUGACCCCAGAUAUGAGGUCCCCGGUCAGGUAUGGCACCAGCUUCAACCAGAACACAGACCCAUUCUUCUGCUGGAGAGACUUCCUCAAGCUCAGUUGCCACCCCUUGCCACAACAUCUCCCCUCUUGGCCCUCCAAUCCUUCGGACCUAAGGGAAGUAGCUGCUAACUACUCCACGAAGACCAAGUUCUUGUACUUAAAGCUCAUGGAGGCUAUUCUGGAGAGUCUCGGGGUGAAGGAAACAGCACCAAAACUUAUGGAAGAUCACGAAAGUGACCGGAUGGCAAAAGAUUUAGAGAAUGGGAGCCAAAUCGUCAUGGUGAAUUGCUACCCGGCGUGCCCCGAACCCGAUCUCACGCUUGGCAUGCCGCCGCAUUCAGACUAUGGCAUGCUCACGCUCCUUCUUCAGGACGAGUCGGUCCAGGGUCUUCAGAUUCACCAUGGAGGGAGAUGGGUGACUGUGGAGCCACUCCCCAACUCAUUUGUUGUCAAUGUUGGUGACCAUCUUGAGAUAUUCAGCAAUGGGAAAUUCAAGAGCGUGCUUCAUAGGGUUCUGGUGAACCCUUCGUCGACCCGAAUCUCUAUUGCUUCACUGCACAGCCUAUCCUUUGACAGCACAGUCCGGCCGUCGCCAAAGCUGAUCGACGAAGCUAAUCCGAGGCGCUACAAGGACACCGACUUUGCCAGUUUUCUUCACUGCAUUUCAUCCGUUGGACACAAGGACAAGAAUUUCUUAGACACCAGGAAAUUGACCUAACCAUGCAUAUUAAUCACCCAGGAAAUCCUUGGCGAUUUUGACAAUUUGUAGUUGCAAAUUGAGCAAUUAUUAGCAGAACAUGGGAAUUGAAUUCCCUUUCUAUCGUUAGUUGAAUCACAUAUGAUGAUAAAAUAGAUUAUUUUACCAAA